AUGUUUGCCGCCUCUCCCACCACCCACGCCUCAUGGCGCUCAUACUCGUCAUAUUCCAACACCUCCUACUCAGAUCCAUCAUCUUCAUCCUCGGCCUCGUCGCCCAUUUGCGCCUUUCCCUCGUGGCCGCGUCGCAGCUCGCUAAACUCGGACGAUCAUACUAUGUCCAACUACUCGCUACCCUCCAACUCCUUCAUCACUGACGAGGAGCUUUUUCCACCCGACAAGCACUCACCCAUCUACGCGCCACCUAUCUCUCCCAUGAGCAUGUCGCCCGCCUCGAUCACCCAAGAAGAAACCCUCCGCCGCUCCAACGCUGCUCGUGUUCACGUGCACGAUAAAAAUGCCCGCGAUUUGGUGCGCGAGCUCGUCGAGUUGGAAAAGGCGAAGCGUGGCGUGCUGAAGCGUCGCAAGAGUUCUGGUGCCUCCAAAAAGUCGCGUAGCGGUAGCGGUGCGAGCAAAUACAUGUCCCCCAUCACCGAGUAG